AUAAAGCACCUUAUCACAAAAUGAAACACUUCCUUCCAUGCUUUAGCCCCGGACAACAGUGGAAGGGAGAGUUUCAUGAAGGGGGUCACAUCAGAACGAUCUUUCCCUCAGAAUGCUGCGGAAAUGUAUUCUGAUCUUUUCUUCUAUCCUGUACUUCGAUCCUACACUAUCAAUAUAUGUCACAUCAAGUCACCCGUAUGUGGUAGUAAACAUUGGCAACAAUGCUACCCUUGACUGCAGUUACAAAACAGCCGUUGAAUCCCAGUUCUCUCUUGAAUGGCGAUUUACACCAGGGCCAACUGAAAAUGCACAAGCAGAAAAGAUUCUUUAUUACACUGAUGGAAACGUUUAUAAACUUGGGUCUCAAGCGAAUAGAAUCAAUCUGAUUGAUAAGGAACCAACCAAAGGAGUUGCUUCCAUUAGAAUUGAAAACACCAAGUCAUCAGACACUGGCAGGUAUUCUUGCGAUAUCAACAAUCCUCCAGACUUCACUGGACCGAGUGAGGCAUUUGUCAAUUUAAUUGUGCGAGUUCCACCAUCGAUUCCAGAGUGCAAAGUGAUCGGAGAACCGUACAUAGGAAAUAACGUUACAUUGCUCUGUCACUCAACGGUGGGUCGCCCGGCACCUCAGUACAAAUGGUCGGAGGUCCGCUCUGCUACUGUGACAGCUUCACCAAGAAUCACGUUGAAAGCAGUAGAUUCCAAAAAGGGAACCCUGAUUCUGAGGAACCUCACAAUGGAGGAUUCGGGAAUAUACCGAUGCAUGUCAUCCAAUGUCCUUGGGGAACAAUCAUGUCAGCUGACUUUGUCAGUCACAGUGAACAACAGGGCUGGAGUGAUUAUUGGCGCUGUGAUUGGCACCCUUAUGGCUCUGAUCCUGAUCGCUGUCGUUGCCUACUACCUUUUUUAUAAAAAGAAGGAGACGUCCAAGGACCACUACACGGGACAUGAGUUGAGAGCGGAUGCAAUGGCUCCUGGUAAAGAAACUAAUUCCAAUUUACUGGCAUCGUCUGCACACAACCAAGAAACCAGGUCAAACAGCAUGAACUCAAAGUACAAUAUUAUUGUGUGACUCUCUAACCUCAAGCUCCAUACUUUAAAAAACUGAGAAAUUUAGAGUAAGAUAUUUAGAAAAAAAAUCUCAUUGCCUUUUUAUAUUUGUUUUGCACCUUAAAAUUUCUUCAUAUACAUUGUUAUCUUAUAAUAAAAUUUUUGGCUCUGAUCAAGACAAUUGUUCAAUGAAUUCAGAUGUACAAAUAUUACAUUACAUAAGCAAUGAAGCCUAAAAAUCACAACUCAAUGAA